AUGCAAGACGUAUAUACCACUGCUCAGCUUCUCAUGAUUAUCGCUGGCAUAGUCAUGUUAAUUUUUGGUUCGAUUGGGAAUCUCUUAAAUAUCUAUGUCUUCACUCUUUGGUCUCGUUCUCACCGAUCGCAAAGAGAUCCGCAUAAUACGAAUCAAGCCAAGAAUAGUGCUUUAUACUUACUGGCAUCAUCUGUAUCGAACUUAAUAAUUAUUCUUUAUCCAUUAUUAACACGGAUCAUUUUCGAUGGUUUUGAUUAUUCAGUUUCAUCAUAUGAAGUUAUUUCACUAUGCAAAUUUCGAUUUUUCGUUUUGCAUACAUGUGAUCUGCUGUCAUUAACAUGCUUUUGUAUGGCUACAUUUGACCGAUAUUUGAUGACAUCGAGAAAUGUCCAUUUACGAAAUCUCAGCACCACUAAAAAACGUACCAUACAAAUAAUUCUUCUCAUCUUGUUCCUUCUUUGCCUACACAGUAUUCCUCUUCUUAUUUUCUUCAAAAACUCGUCAACAAAUGAUUGCGAUGUCGAUUCAAAUGAAUACUAUUAUUAUUAUCUAUUCGUCAUUCAAAUUUUCCUACAUGGAAUACUUCCAAUUGUAUUCCUCUCAAUAUUCGGCACACUUACCUUCAGACAACUCAACAGACUUCAAAUUAAUAGUCGUUUAAAUGUAGACAAACAAUUGUCUCGAAUGCUGUUGUUAAUGUCACUUGCUAUUAUUUUGUCAUCGAUUCCAUAUUGUAUUGAACAAAUUCAUUAUGGAAUGUUUUCUCGAGAUGAUCAACAACAAUCUGCAUUGGUUUUUCUUCUGCACGUCAUUUCAUCGCUUUUGUUCUAUACAAAUCCGGUUUCGAGCUUUUAUAUUUAUUUCGUUUCAACACCGCAUUUUCGUCGUGAAGUACAACGGUUAGUUUUCCGUGAUAAACACCAUCAUCGUUUUAUCAACAAUCAGAUUCAUACAAUCGACAAACUUCAUCAUUCUCACUAA